CUACAUGAUGAAGAGUGUUUACAGGAGCAGAACGAGUCAGGAGACGGAUGGUUAUCUCCAGGCAUUCGUCUCUCUUUGAAGGGGAGGGGUGACAAAUUUCAUUACUGAUAGAAGUAUUGAUUUCAGCAGGCGAGGCAAGACACAACCGAAAAAAAAAAAAAAAAAAAACCUGGCGCAAAAAUGCCUUGGAUUCCUUCACAGAUUUUGUAGCCCGUACGUCCAUGUGAGUAAUUGUGACAUAGAGACUCAUGACUGCUAAGAAUACUGGAUCGGUUUUCCCCGGAGGGCACUCAAUGGCUUCCUCCCCACGCUUCACAACUGCUAAACCACUCAGUCACUGAGAAGAGGAGCGAAAGUUCUGAAUGUUCAGAUCUGUAGCAUUUUACAUUUCCUUUACAAUUCCUUUUCACAUACAGUAUACUCUAUGUGUAAGUGGAUAUACAUAGAUAUACUCUAUGUGUAAGUGGAUGUUUUUUUAUAGACACAUACUGUACAGUAUGAAGCAAUUGAUUCAAUUCUAAUAAGAACUGGGAAAAUCAACUACAUGACAUGAUAGUUUCAUUAUUCAUACUGCUCAGAGUGAUUUCUGGACUGCCAUUAUAUCUAAGAGAUACUUUUCAAAAUCGAAUCAAAAUAUAUAUCAAAUGCAGUGGAACUACAAUGCAUUAAAUUCAUGAAAUAUGUAUGAUCAUCACUGUUUUAAUGUUUUUAAACCUUUAUAGAUGCUGACAGAUAUCAGAGCAGAAAUCUGGACUAUUGUCCGAAUGUUUCCAUUUCUUCAACUAUCUUAAAACUUUUACUCAUAAAUGUUUAAUGAUACUGCUAAAAGCAAUCUCCUUUAUAACUUUCCGUCUGUGAGAGAUGAAAAGCAUAGCUUACACGUCCAGCUAUCUAGUCCUGGCGUCUGUGUGACAGCUGAUUGGCUCUCAGCGGGUGUGAUGUCACCGCUGGCUGCUAUAAGGGUUCUGAGAAAUAGCCUGAGAGGCACAUUGAAUCCAAGAGACCUCAUGUGCUCAAGCGGCAGGACUCCUGUGUGUCUGUGACCAGCGUGAGGACAGCGCAAGCAGAGACAGAAAGAGGAAUAGAGAGAGAGAGAGAGAGAGAGAGAGAGAGAGGGGGAGAAAGGGAGAGGGAGAGGAAGCAACAGUCUCUCCGAUAUGAAUACCACAUGAGGGCAAAGCACUUAUGCAAGCUUCAAAACAUAUCUUUGGACUUCUUUUGGGAAACAAAACAGCAUUUCAUUCAAAGGAUUGUGAGGCUCUCACCCUUUUCAAGAGGCCAUGGGGAGCGUGAGCCCGUCAGCGCUGCUGAAUGUGUCGGCGGUGGCGGGGGGCAACUUUUCGGGCAACUUUACGUCGUCGGAGGAGGAGGUGGUGGAGAGCGGCGAUGCGGUGGAGACGGUGCUGCUGGGCAUCCUGAUGGGCCUGCUGGUGCUGGGCAUCGUCUUCGGCAACGUGCUGGUCAUCACGGCCAUCAUCCGCUUCCAGCGGCUCCAGACGGUCACCAACUACUUCAUCACGUCGCUGGCGUGCGCCGACCUGGUCAUGGGCGUGCUGGUGGUGCCGUUCGGCGCCUGCUACAUCCUGCUCAACACCUGGCUCUUCGGCAACUUCCUGUGCCUGUUCUGGACGGCGGCCGACGUGCUCUCGGUGACGGCGAGCAUCGAGACGCUCUGCGUGAUCGCCCUGGACCGCUACCUGGCCAUCACCUCGCCGCUGCGCUACCAGUCGUUGCUGACCAAGCGCAAGGCCGGCGUGGUGCUGCUGACCGUGUGGGCGGUGGCGGCGCUCAUCUCCUUCCUGCCCAUCCACAUGGAGUGGUGGGUGUCGGACGAGGCGGAGGCGCAGACCUGCCUGGAGGACGCCCACUGCUGCGACUUCAACACCAACACCGCCUACGCCGUGGCCUCCUCCAUCGUCUCCUUCUACAUCCCGCUGGCCGUCAUGGCCUUCGUCUACGCGCGCGUCUUCCAGGAGGCGCGCAAGCAGCUGAAGAAGAUCGACCGCAGCGAGGGACGCUUCCACCAGCAGAGCGGCCGCUCCCAGGGCCAGGCGUCCGCCUCCGGCGGAGGUGGCGGCGGGACCAUCAGGAGCACCAAGCGGAAGUUCUGCCUGAAGGACCACAAGGCGGUCAAGACCCUGGGCAUCAUCAUGGGCACGUUCACGCUCUGCUGGCUGCCCUUCUUUGUGCUCAACGUGGUGGGGGCGAUCUGGAAGGUGAACAACAUCGCGCUGACGUAUCGGAUACUUAACUGGAUAGGCUACGCCAACUCGGCAUUCAAUCCGCUUAUUUAUUGUCGGAGCCCGGAGUUUCGGAGCGCUUUCAAGGAGAUCCUAUGCUGGGGAAGCUCGUCGCAUAAAAGGCACCGGAAAGCUAAUGGAUUAAUGUACGGUGGACACAGCUGGCAGGCUGACCGGAGGACUAGCAGCCAAAGCAGGGCUUCUCCAGAUGAUUUUGGGGCUAUGGAGCUGGGCCCUGAGACUCUUACCACAACAUAUGAGACACAGAUGGAAACUGCACUAAAGACAUAGCAUCUGUUAUCUAAGCUCAUCUCAAGGAUUUGUUUUUUGGUCUUUGAAUGUCUUGGGGGAAAAAAGACAAUCAGUGGCAAAACUGGUAAGUUCAAAAUGGGAUGGUAUGUUAUAUGCCGGAUGUAUUCCUGGAUGGAUACUACACUGCUGAAUUCAGCCUGUAUUAAUGGCUGGGAGAAUUACUCAUGCUUCUCUUUGGCUCUGUUCAGCAAUGAGGGUACUUAUUUUACACAUAGGAACACUAAUAUGAAAUGUGCAUUGAACUGGAGAGAGUAAUCUUCAUGACUAUUUUACCUACCUCAUAAAAUGUGUUUUUCUGUUUUCACGUGUUCAUGUUAUUACUUUCAAUUUACACUGAAUUUACACGUAUGCAUCCAGCAUGGACCUGAAAUGCAUAAACAAAGAUGAAAGGAACAUGACAUGAAAGAUACCCAUAGCAUGAUAGAGGACGCAUAUCAUGACAAGGGAGGUGCUGUUAUGACCACCUUUGUAUUAUGAACACUCUAAACACAUUCCAGAGGGAUGUAGUGUGUGUGUGUGUGUGUGUUUUUUUUUCUUUAAGCCAAGGGCCCCUCUGUAUACUACAGAUCCCUUGUGUAGAGAGGAGAAAUCUAACACUGACAAGAGUCAACAGGUGCAAUUAGUCGCCUGACUGAGCUAUAUCCAGCUGCACUUUUCUGCAAAAGAGAAAAGAGAAGCCCCAGGGCUCCUUACUUCCUGCGAAAGCCCGCUCUUUACCCUGCUCACUCUUAACAUUUCCUGUUAGUCCUGCGAGGUUACUUGGUUACUUGGUUGGGUGCAUCAUGUGAGCCUGCACAUAAACUAAAGAUAGUAGCAUUACACAGAUAGCAAUGUCUGUCGGAGGGAAUGGCUGUUAUUGAGAUGUUGGGAGAGGGCAGUGAGGUACUGAAAAAGUACAUCGACAAGUUGAGCUUUUUCAGCAGAUUGUUAUCGCAGUCAAGUUCGAUAUAACACCAUAAAACAAGGCUCAAAUCUUAACACUUUACUGUUUUCAAUAACAUUGUCUUUGUGAGAUACAGAUAGAUUGCCAGGUCAAGAGAUAUUACAUGAGGGUUGUAAGGUUGUAGAUUUGCACUUUGGUAAACAGAACAGAGUGUUAUCGUGAGGGCUAUUUGUAUAUGUAUGACUAAUAAAAAUACGGGUGUGAGCACAGAAACAGUCCCGAGUCCAACGGAAACCCUCUCACUUAUAGACACUUUCAGUGAAAGAGAGAAGAGGUGAACUAUAAUUUAAAGUGUUGUAGGGUUUUGUUAAGUUACAUGUACAGAAUUAAAUAGUCUGCACACAUGUGUUGUUGUUGUUGUUGUUAUUAUUGUUGGUGGUGUUGGUGUUGUUGUUGUAGCUGUUGUUGUGGAUAUGAGUGAGAUGAAUGAGUUUGAGAGUGAUAGGAAUGUUUUUACUGUUUUGCAUAAGUGUGCACAGUCUCCUUGACACAGUGGCAUUUGUUUGUAUGUGUUCUUACUGAUAUGACUGCUUUCAGGUAAAACUGUGACGUAUUUUGAACUUGUCCUGAGAUGUUUUGUUUUAAAAAAAAAAACAUGUGAAGUGUUCAGUAAAAUUGCUGAACUUUGCUGUGUUUGUGAAACACUGUUGAUGUUCAAAUAUGUAAACAUACAUAGCAUGCCUUUAUGUCAAAGUAGAACUGACAUUUUAAAUAAUGUUUUAAUGUUUUUCCCAGAAGACCACUGAUGUUUAGUGUUGAUACCAGAGAUAGUACUGUACAAGUCCAUUGUUUAUUGUUUUAAUUCAUUCCAAAGAUAUUUUUUUUACAGUGACGUGAAAAACUAUGGAUGUAAAAGAGGACUGCUUGGGUUGUCCCGAAAAACAUCAUCCACUUGCUUGAUAUUGCUUAACGAGUCACUUUAAAAGCAGAAAAAGAUUAAAUAUGAAUCUGUUCA